AUGUCAACAAAUUUAACUAAUAAUGAGAAUCAUCACUAAGAAUUGAUGUCAGAUCAAUAAUAAGACAAUCUACAUUAAGCUAGAUAAGUAUAAUUUUAAAAGGCUUUAGAACAAAGUUUAAGAAGCUAUGUGUAAUAUUCUUAAUAACAAAAUCAGCUUCGAUUUGUUUAUCUUUUAAUAUUUGUGCUAGCCAUAUAUUAACUAGUAGAAGUCAUUCUAUGUAUAAUCUCUCUUUGUUUAACCUUGAGAUACUAACCUUUAUUCUACAUUACCAUUAUCUCAAUAGUAAUUAAUGCAAUAUCUAUAAUACCUUCUUUAUAUUAUUUAAAACUAUUUCAUUAAAAUGAAAUUGAAUAUUUAGAAGGAUUGCUAUGGUUUUAAUAUGAUAUAGAAUAAAGGCCAGAUUAUGAAAUUAAGUAGAUUUUGUAAAAGUCUCACUGUUUUUGCUUUUAUUUAAAGAUUCUAAGUAUUUUCUUAUAACUUAGUUUAUUGGUAUUGAUUAUUUUGAGUUAAUAAAAAUACAAAACCUCAAUCAAAGAAUAACGUAUUAAAAUUAUAUAUGACAGCUUUAAUAAUUGGGUUGUCUUUGCAAUUUAUGACCACAGCUAGAAUCUUAGUUAUAUUUUUUGGGACAAUAUUGACCAUCGUAACAAUUAUUUCAAAAAGAUUAUAUAAUCAGAUCUACAUGUAAAUAGCUAAUCUUCAAGAAUUAGAGUAUGAAUAAUUUUCACCUUUAAACAAAUAUGAAAUUUAAGUAGUAGAAGAGACUUUACUUUCUUAAUUAUCUUAAGUCUAAUGCAACAUUUGUUUACAUAAUUUUGAAAUUAAUGAAGAAUACUAUAAGUUGAAAUGUCAUCAAUUACACAUAUUCCACAAGUAAUGUUUAUCAGAAUGGGUAGUAGUAAAUUAAACAUGCCCAACUUGCAGAUCAGGCAUUUGA